AUGGUGCGUGGGAGUCUGGAUUUUUUAGAUUAUGUUAGCCUAAUUAAACAAAUUAUAUGUAAUAUCCCAAAGCAUGUCGUUUCAAAUAUAAUAAUAUUAUUCUUUUCCACUUCUUAUCAUGAUGUGGCUAAAAUAGAAAAUUAAAUUUAGUAGUGCCCUCUAUCGUAGAAUGGAUCUUAACAAAAACUAUUUCACCUGACUUCACAUACCCUUAAUUUUAAUGACAUUGAAAUGUCCUUAGUAAAUUGUGAACUUCCCUAAGGUUAGAAUUAAUUAUAGCUAAAUGUAACAACAAAACAACCUUUAAGUAAUACUAAAAAGGAAAGAAAUUGAAAAUGAAAACUGUUUUAAUUUCUCCUUCAUCUCCUUAAUGUCAAUGACCGUGACCUUAAUAAAUUUGAAUCUUCGCUAACCUUAUAAUUAAUUAAAACCAGUUAUGGUCUUGAUCGGCAUUCUCAGACUGUUUUAAAAAUAAUAUACAACAAUUAGGCAACCAUUAAUUAAUUUUAAAGAAAUAACGGAAUAAGUAAGCACCUGUCAGUAACUAGAAUACAGAUAAGAUAGGAAGACAUCAAAAUGGGCUUAUUCUUUGCAAAAUGUACCUCCACAGCAAGAUUAGAUGGAAAAACUGUUAUAAUAACAGGCGCAAAUACCGGAAUUGGUAAAGUAACCGCUUUAGAUUUAUUUAAAAGAGGUGCAAAUGUAAUCAUGGCUUGCAGAAAUUUAGAAAAAGGCGAAACAGCUUUAAAAGAUAUCAAAAAUUCGUGUAAAGAUGUUAAUUCUAACUUGGGAACGUUAGAGUUGGCAGAAUUGAAUUUGGCAAGUUUAAAAUCUGUCAGAAAUUGUGCUGGAUUUUUAUUAAAAUGUGACAAAAUAGAUAUUUUAAUCAACAACGCAGGCGUAAUGUGUUGUCCCUAUGAAAAAACGGAAGAUGGAAACGAAAUGCAAUUGCAAACGAAUCAUUUGGGACAUUUUUUGUUCACACUAUUAUUAUUGCCAAAAAUAUUAGAAAGCGAAUCGGCGCGAAUUAUUAAUGUUUCAUCCGUAGCGCAUACACGAGGUACAAUAGAUUUUAAUGACCUUAACUUUGAAAAGAAACCGUAUAAAGCAUUGAAAGCGUAUCAGCAAAGCAAAUUAUGCAACAUUUUGUUUACCACGGAGUUGUCACGUCGAUUAGCAGCGAAAAAUAUUUUUCAAAUAACUACGUAUAGCUUACACCCAGGCGUGAUAACAACCGAGUUGGGAAGGCAUUUAGAUGACGUGUAUUUCAGAGGAUUGCGAUGGAUUUGGAGGUCAAUUAUGUGGGUAUUUUUAAAAUCACCUGAACAAGGUGCCCAAACUACAAUAUAUUGCGCAGUUGAUGAAGAAAUUGCCAAAGAAACGGGAUUGUAUUAUUCAGAUUGUAAACGAAAAAAACCGGCAAUGCAAGCAAGAAAUUUAGAUGAUGCCAAAAAACUUUGGGAAGUUAGUUUAAAAAUGGUUGGAUUGGAAAAUGUGAAUAUUUAAAUUAAAAGCUUAUUUUUAA